ACCAAGACCAGUCUUCGCUGGGUUCCUCUUCUUGACACUCUCUUAAGAUGAAGUCUGAACUUCUGCUGGUGUUGGUUUUGUCUCUCUGUGUGAGUAGUAAGCCUCUAUCCAAAAAGAGGACAUAUAACAAACUGCUGCUUAUAUCUUUUGAUGGAUUCAGAUGGGACUAUGACCAAGAUGUACACACACCAAACUUGGACGAGCUGGUUAAAGAGGGAGCUAAAGCAAAAUACAUAAAUCCCCCAGCGAUCACCAUGACAUCUCCAUCACACUUUACAACUAUUACUGGAAGAUGGAUAGAGGAUCAUGGUGUUGUCCACAAUCUGAUGUUUAAUACUUCCACUGGCAAAAUAAUUCCCCAUAAAGGAACACUAAAACAAUCAGAGUGGUGGGAUAAUGGUGCUUUGCCCCUGUGGAUAACAGCCCAGAAUCAGGGUCUUAAAACAGCAUCUUUCUUUUAUCCGGGUGGUGGAGUAAAUUACACCGGCCAAGCUGUGUAUCGUUCCCUUGUGCUAAGUCAGAAUCAUCCGGAUGACAAUGAAACAGAGUGGAAGCAGAACAUCGACACUGUUAUGAGAUGGUACACGGAAGAGGACUUUCACUUUGUUGCUCUUUACUAUGGAGAACCAGACAACGUGGGCCAUGCCAAAGGCCCAGAAACCCCAGAGAGAAGAAAGAUCAUUGAACAGAUCGACCGCACUAUUGGUUAUCUUAGGGAGGCUAUUCACAAGAAUGGUUUGACCGAUCGUCUUAAUGUCCUAAUCACCUCGGAUCAUGGCAUGACCACAGUCAAAAAGUCCCCUGAAGUUAAGGAGAUAAAGCUUAACGAAUACAUGAGUUUUCUGAAUCUGUCCCAGUUUGAGUUGCUUGACUACGGUGGGUAUGGCAUGAUAACGCCUAAACAGGGGAAAGAGAAGGAAGUUUAUGAUGCCCUGAAGAAUGCCCAUCCAAAUCUCAUGGUCUAUAGGAAAGAAGAGAUUCCAGAACAUUUUCACAUAGCCAAAAAUGAAAGAAUUCAGCCUAUUGUUCUGUUUGCAGACCUGGGUUUUAAUCUAAACUCGAAAAUCAUAUUGUAUAUCAACAAAGGAGAUCAUGGAUUUAGUAAUGAUGAAAUGGAUAUGAAGAUGAUAUUUCGAGCUUUUGGGCCAGACUUUAAGAAGAAUUUCUUGGCUGAGCCAUUUGACAGUAUCAGCAUCUAUCCAUUGAUGUGCAAGCUCUUGGGUGUCGUUCCAGAACCAAACAAUGGAAGUCUUAGUGACACUAAAGGCAUGCUAGUGGAUGACUUUGAUGCUGGUGAAAGAAUCAAGGUGUCUCUAACCAUACUGAUAAUGAUGCUUAUUUCAAACAUCAUCUAAAGUCAAUUGUCAAGAAUGCUGGUUUAUAAUGUGUUACCUAAAUCAACAAACCUUGAGAAAAUAGUUGGAUUAUGUUCAUUUGUAAGUCAUAGUUUUUCUGAUAAUAUAUAUCUAGUGAUAAUUAAACAUUGCAUUUCAUAUUUAUUAUAUUAUGUUAAAUAAUACAAGUAUAAAUUGGACUUUUUUAUUGGGCACACAAGUAAGCAAGCAAUGGCAAUAAAAUCAAAUAUAGCAAACAUGAAGCGUGCUCACAAUAGUCACCAAACUGGAAAAAAGCAUCAGUUUCUGCAAAAUUGAUUUGUAUUUCACACAAAACUGUGAAUAUAGCAAAUGUGAUGUGAUUUUUGAAUGCAAGUUUCUAUAAAAUAUUUAUAAAAUAAGUUUCUAUAAAAUAUCUCAAUUGUCCCCUUUUAUGUGGAUUUAAAGCAUAAAUACCCAUUAUUGUAUGUUCAAAGUACUGCAAAUAAACAAAUGCACAGACAUUAUGAUCAAUAGAGCAUUUUACACAGUACAAUAUACAGAGAAGUCAUCACAUAUAUAUUUUUACUAUAUACAUUUCAUGCACAAGAAAUAUUUCUGUAAAAUUAUCCAUCAGUGGCAGAAUACAAUCUUACAGCAUACAAAACAGCUUUUGUGUUUUAUCAAAAUUGAAACUGGAAGGCUGUACAAACAGGUUAACCAACAUUUAGACAUUCAUGUUAACAAGUCAUGUUAAAUGCAAUCCAAUAAAACAAAUGUCUUCCCC